GCGAGUUGCCGAACCCAGACUUGGGCCGACCGGUUGAGCUGCUGUCCUGACUCAGUUGGGCGGACAAGCGGACCCUCUUCUCUGGAUCUGCGGGGACUGAGAGAGGGGCCUCACCCCGUCACCUCCGCGACAGCCUAGAGCGCCCUCCUCAAGAAAGCGCCCACGCGGGCACACUCACAGCUGCGGGGGGGCCCCGCUGCCCGGAGACCCCGCCUCCGCGGUAUUCGCCAAAGCACGUGGCGUCACUCGACCCUUUGCUCCAGCUCCGCCAGCUCAGGCCAGGAAGCCCGGGGAUGAGUGCCUACAUCUUUGGCCUGGACACCUGCCUGGACACCUGAGGCUCACCAAGCGCCCCCCCACCUCCUGCCCCACCAGCACCAGGCAUGGGACUGCCCCUGGCUGGGAGCAGCAGCAGGACAGGGAGGAAGCUUGAUCUGCCCAGCAGGGCUUUUGAAGCCGCCUUGGAAGGGGACUUUGAGCUACAGGGAUAUGCCUUUGAGGCAGCAGAGGAGCAGCUGAGGCCACCUCGGACUGUGCGUGUGGGACUUGUUCAGAACAAAACUCCCCUGCCUGCAGAUGCCCCUGUGGCAAAACAGGUCACUGCCCUUCAUAGACGCAUAGAAGCCAUCGUAGAGGUGGCUGCAGUGUGUGGAGUGAACAUCAUCUGUUUCCAGGAAGCAUGGACUAUGCCCUUUGCUUUCUGUACAAGAGAGAAGCUUCCUUGGACGGAAUUUGCUGAGUCAGCCGAGGACGGACCCACCACCAGAUUCUGUCAGAAGCUGGCAAAGAAGCAUGACAUGGUGGUGGUAUCCCCCAUCCUGGAACGAGAUAGGGAGCAUGGGGACAUUUUGUGGAACACAGCCGUGGUAAUCUCCAAUUCUGGAGCAGUCCUGGGAAAGACCAGGAAAAACCACAUCCCCAGAGUGGGUGACUUCAAUGAGUCAACUUACUACAUGGAGGGAAACCUUGGACACCCGGUGUUCCAGACUCAGUUUGGGAAGAUUGCAGUGAACAUUUGCUAUGGGCGUCACCACCCUCUCAACUGGCUCAUGUACAGCAUCAACGGAGCUGAGAUCAUCUUCAACCCGUCAGCCACUAUCGGAGCACUCAGCGAGUCCCUGUGGCCAGUUGAGGCCAGAAACGCAGCCAUUGCGAAUCACUGCUUUACUUGUGCCAUCAACCGUGUAGGCCAGGAGCACUUUCCCAAUGAGUUUACCUCUGGAGAUGGGAAGAAAGCUCACCGGGACUUUGGCUACUUUUAUGGCUCGAGCUACGUGGCGGCCCCUGACAGCAGUCGCACUCCUGGGCUCUCCCGCAACAAGGACGGGCUGCUGGUGGCUGAGCUCGACCUGAACCUCUGCCGGCAGGUGAAUGACAUCUGGAACUUCAAGAUGACCGGCAGAUAUGAGAUGUAUGCUCAGGAGCUUGCAGAAGCCAUCAAACCCAACUACAGCCCCAAUGUCGUGAAAGAGUAGCUGGAUUUUAGCUCCUGCCUGCCAAGGAUGGCACCUCUGCCCCUAGCAGAUCUGCAAGUACAGCAGGCUUUACAUGUGCAAGUUCUCCCCGGUGGUAUCCUGGUAACAUUUCUGUCCACAUAGGUUUAAAAACACCUAGACACGGGGAGAUGCCUGGGUGGCUCAGCAGUUGAGCCUCUGCCUUGGGCUCAGGGCAUGAUCCUGGAGCCCCAGGAUCGAGUCCCACAUCGGGCUCCCUGCAUGGAGCCUGCUUCUCCCUCUGCCUAUGUCUCUACCUCUCUCCUUCUGUGUCUCUCAUGAAUAAAUAAAUAAAAUAUUUUUUAAAAAAAGAAAGAAAGGAAGAAAAAUGCCUAGAUAGGGAGGGUAUAUUGAAGAAUAACUGUCCAGUGGGUAUGAGUUUCCUUCCUGGAUGAUGAAAUCUUUUGGGCUUACACAGAAGUGUUGCUUACACAACAUUGUGAAUGUGCUAAUGUAGAAUGCCACUCAAUUGUAUACUUUAAAAUGGCUAAAUUUAUGUCAUGUGAAUUUUACCCCCAUUAAAAAAAAAAAUCCGGAAUGCC